AUGAAGAAAGUUGUGUUGAAAUUGGACUUCUUGGAUGAGAAAACCAAACAAAAGGCUAUGAAAAACGUCUCCAGUCUCUCAGGGGUGGAUUCGAUAGCAAUGGACAUGAAAGACAAGAAGUUGACUGUAACAGGGGAUGUAGAUCCGGUGACAAUUGUGUCAAAACUGAGGAAGAUUUGUCAUACGGAGAUAGUUUCAGUUGGGCCGGCGAAGGAACCGGAGAAGAAGAAGGACGACGGCGGGGCUGCCGGCGGCGGUGACAAGAAGAAAGAAGACGAAAAAAAGAAAGCAGAUGAUAAGAAGAAAGAAGAUGAAAAGAAGAAACAUGAAGAAGCUUUGAAAUUAGCUUAUGCUGCUGCAUAUCAUCAACAGCCAUAUCCUUAUUACAAUUAUCAACAACAGCAGCAACAACCAUAUUACUAUAAUCAUCCACCUACACCAUACUAUUCUAAAGUUGUUCAAGAUGAAACCCCCAAUUGUGUUAUUUGCUAAUCAAGCAAUCAACACAUGUUCAUAAUCAUAAUCAUAUCUCAUCUGCUGCUGAAAUCAAGAAACCAGAUCUUGGGGAGGUUGUUGAUGGAUUGGAG